GAUUUGAUUGGCUAAUAUAUACACAGGCUAUAUGUUAGACUCUUCAAUUCAGCCAAUCAGCGGGCUCCUUUCAAAUAGCGUCGGUAGCUGUAAACAGCAUGGCUUCUCUUUAGUAGAAAUUACACCGUGAACACAUUUAGCGAAGAUAAUAUAAUACAUUAUGAUUAUGAGUAAGGAUACCCAGGUUUAAUUUAAUUAUAGUUGUUUAGGACAUUUAUAGAUUCAUGUGAACUGAAAAUAUUUAACAUUUAUUAUGCCUCGGACAAAAAAACGUCCAUUCUGUGGAAACCGAUACACCGGACCAUUGAAAAUUCCCAAACUUUCUGAAGUUGAUAAAACAGACUGCGAUUCUAAUCCUGCUAAAACGGCAUCAUACAGAAAGGUAUUCGAACAUUUGCAGUGUGUCCCAAAUGUAGAAUAUGACAACAAUGAACUUACUGGUUACAGAAUAAUAGAUAUUGCCAACUUAUGUAAUUUUCUGCAAUUAUUUCCCUGUCCUAAUUUGUUAUGUGACAGCAGACAAGGCCUAAAAGUGAUUUCUGAAAAGAAAGUUGGCAUUGCUUCAGAAAUAAGGUUUGUUUGUAAUGAAUGUGCUGAACAGUAUUCAUUGCAAUCAUCAAACAAAGUUGCAGAUUCAAAAGUGUUUGAUGUCAAUGAGCGAUUUCAAUGGUCCAUUUUUGGCAUUGGACGUCACCAUACGCAGGCCCAAAAAUUCUGCGGACUGAUGAAUUUGCCUCCCCCUGUGUCUGAAACAACAUGGCGAAAGGGAUCACAGCGAAUUCAUUUUGCAACAAAGGUUGUAAGUUACAUCAGCAAGCGGAAUGCUGGAAAAGAACGGCAGACAUCCCCUGGUCCAUCUGAAACUGUAGCCUCGUUCGACGGCACAUGGCAAAGAAAAGGUUUUCAGAGCAAAAAUGGCGUUGUAACAUGUCUAUCAGUGAGUGAUAAAACCUGUAAAGUACUUGACAGCGAAACACUAACCAAUUAUUGUGGUGUUUGUUCAACAAGACGGAAAAAGUACAAGUCUGAUGAGGAAUUCAACCAGUGGUUUGUGACACACAAGGAUACUUGUUCAAGAAACCAUUUCGGAUCGGCAGGGGCAAUGGAGCCAGCAGGUGUGCUAAACAUUUAUUCAAGAUCAGAAGAAAAGCAUGAUUUACAGUAUACUGGUUAUCUUGGUGAUGGUGAUUCAAAAAGCUUUUCACAGAUAUCAACAUUGGAUCCCCCCAUAUAUCCUGGGAAAGAGAUAAGAAAAUUAGAGUGUUGUGGACAUGUUCAGAAGCGCAUGGGUCGUCGUCUGACAGACAAAAUAACACACUGCAAAAACAAGAGCUACCAGCAUAAUGGAAAAACAUACAACGGGAUCGGAGGGAUAGGUAAACUUACUAAAAAGGCUGUGUGGAGAAUACAGGGGCAUUAUGGAGCAGCCAUAAGAAAUAAUUCUGGGAACUUGGCCGCAAUGAAAACAGCAGUGUGGGCCAUCUGGAAUCACCGUGGAGAUCGGCAUGACGCUUGUGGCACUUGGUGUCCUGCUACCAAAGGUGACUUUGAAAAAGCCAAAAAAAACCUUCUACCCGAGUAUGUUUUACAAGAAAUAAAGCCAGUUUUUGAAUUCCUUGCAAGUGACGAACUUUUGUCCAAAUGUCUACAUGGCGGUACCCAGAACAACAACGAGUCAUUUCAUCAUAUAAUAUGGAAUCUGUGUCCAAAAGAGGUGUUUGUGGGAAGGAGGAGACUUGAAAUUGCUGUAAAUACAGCAACAGUUCUAUUCAAUGAUGGAGAGUGUGCCAGUUCUGCCUUUCUUAGACAACUAGGGAUUGUUCCCGGUCGGUACUGUUUAACCAUGAUGAAGAGUCGUGACACUGGUCGUAUCACAGCUGCGGAGCGAUCUGAAAAUGAAUCUGUGAAACAGAAAAGACAAAAAACACAGGGGAAAAAUAAAGAAAAUGAUAAUGAUGACAUUUAUUUGCCUGGUGGACACUAGAUGCUUUUGUAUGUGUCGGAUUUAUCCGUUUUGCUGUGUUAUAAACUUUAAACAGCAUUUUCUCAUUUUAACAUUUCGGCAUCUUUUAUAGCCUAUAAAACACUACUACUCGAGAAGUUUUACAGGUACAAGGCUACAAUUUGGCAUACCUAUUCAUGAAGAAAACCUCUCAAAACUGAACUAAAAUCAGCUUGUUAGGUAUAAUAGAGUGGGUUGUGUAUUGCGAUAAAGACUUGUGAUACCGAAUAAUAUAUUGGGACUUUCAAAAUUUGACAUUUUUUAUCACUUUACUUCAAAACAGAGCUAUAAUUUUAGUUCAUUUAUAACAACAUACUGUUCUGAUCAUUUCAGCCGAAUUUGGUCAGUAAUGGAUGAUUAGUUUUUGAAUUUUAAGUUAUUCAUGUGUAUGCAGAAUUUUAGGGCGGCCAUCUUGGAUUUCAUAACAUGUAUAUAGCACAGUGAGAAUUGAAGGUAAUAUUUCUUUUAACUCCAUCAAUAAGAAGUUUACCUGAAAAUUUGGAGUCGUUAUCUUGAUUAUUAAGUAUUUGAGCUUUUUAGGGUGUGGUCUGACCUUAAGU